ACAGUGAUAAGCGGCGGCUUGUUGGUUUAAUAUUAUGUAUUAUUUAAGUCAUGUAAGUUAGUUAAGCCGUGAUGAUAUUAUUAUAAUUAUUUAUUAUUCAAAUUGUAUUGUUCUUGUCAAACUCGCGAAUUUACACUCGCCAGGUUUGACUGGUCCGUCGCGAUAAAUCGUAACGAUCGUUAGACCGCCCGGUUUUGGUUUUCCCGGCCUCACGAAAUUGUUCGUUUGUCUCAAGUCUAAACGGUGGUCGACGUCGGUGCCUGCCUGAAUUUGUUAGAGCAACCUUUCACGAUCUCUCGUCUCUCACAGGUUAUAAAAUGAUUCGCGAGCCCUUUUCUGAAAACUACAAAACUUCAGGGAUCCAGUGCUAGUUUAAAUUGUGUUUUGUACUCCGUUCCUAGGUCGACACAAGCCACAAGCUAUAUUAUGUCGGAUACGGAUUCCAUCAAAACCGAUAAAUCGCAAUCAGAUCUGCAGCAGAAGUAUGAUAAAUUGGCCAUGGAGUUUGCCAAAGCCAGAAUGCAAUUGAAUGUUUUGAAAAAAGCUUAUACUGCAAAAACAUCAAAAUUGGACCAAAGGAGUAUUGAAUCUCUGGACCAAUUUGAAAGCUGUAAAUAUGAUACAAUGUCAACAAGUAGUUCGGAAAUUCAAGAGAAUUUUAACAAAACAAGUCAAGUAAAUUCUAAAGUAAAAGGAGCAGAUGAUUUUAAAUCCAAGGAUGUGCAGUUCUUGAGACAAGAUAUCAACUCAAUGCACCAAUUUAUACAACGUGUAUUAGACUCCACAAAUUCAAAUCAGCUUGAUUACAAUCUCAUUAUGUCAGAAAUUGAGCACUGUAAAGGCAUACAAAAUAGUUGUCCGAAUAAUUUUUGUGAAGUACUCAAUGAAGAAUUAACAGCAUUAAAAUGUUCUGUUACUGCUUGUUUGUACAACAUAUUAUAUAAUAAACUCGAGUCUAGAACUAAAAUAAGCACUGAAGAUUCUCGCCUCAUUUAUCCUAAUCAUUAUUGUUUGGACAAUAACUAUAAAUCUGACGAAGACAGAUUACAAAAAGUUUUUGUUGCUUUGGUUCUCCAUUUUUUUCUUUCUUUUAUUAUAAAUCUUAAUGAUGUCUUGGAAGAUUUGCUCAAAGAUAUUAACCCAAAAGAUGCUUUCCGUGUCUUACAAAAAAGUAUUAAACCAUUGACAAAUAAAUUACAUAGUAAUUCUCUGGUAUUGGAAAAAAUUCUAACUUACAGUGCUGAUUUAAAAACAUUUAAAUUUGAUUCUCAACACAUUGUUAUGGAAAAUAUUUUGUUAUUCAUAUCAAAUAAAUAUAUUGAAUGUGUUAAUUCUAUUAAAGAAUUCAUAAAAUCAGAUAAUACUGUUAACAUUGAUUGUUCAGCUUUGCGUCAAAACAUAAUAUCGUUUAUGGCAUUAAAGUUUCCUAUUGGAGAGUUAGUGAACUCUGGUGAAUAUUUGGAUCCUACCAAUAUAACCAAGAAAUUGGAUGGUGCUUAUGACACAGUACAUACUCUGUUACGGGCCAUAAAUAUAUUGGAGUUUGAAUAUUUAUAUAAAUAUAGCCAAGUGGAUAUGCACUGGCAUAUGAGAAAUCCACUAUUGCACGUGAAACAUUCAAAACAAGCUAAAGAAGAAUUAAAUUCAGCAUCAAUUUCUCAAAAUAGCUACAAAAGUAUUAUUCAUGUUUAUAACGAAAAAUUAAAUGAAGAGAUGAACAGGUCAUUAUCAUUAGAACAAGAAAAAAUCCAUUGGGAAAAUGAGUAUAAACUUUUAUGUAAAAAAAAGGAAAGUGUACCAUAUAAAGACAAAUAUUCUGCAAGUUCGGAGGCAUUUGCGGUGGAAAAUGAAUUGGGAAAAUGCGAGUCGGGUUUUCAAUUUAAUGAUGGAGUAAUGGAGAGAGAAAAAGAACUCAAAUGUUAUUUUGAAAAGAAAAUUAACAAUUUGAUUUCCACGAAUAAAGAAUUAUCCAGCCAAAGCAAUGCUUACGCUAUGGAGAUCACCGCAUUGAAAACACGACUGGACCAUAGCAUAUUUGUGCGUAACGAUCUGGAAAUAAAGCUACAUGAGGCAUCAGAACACAUUGAUGAUCUGAAAGAGGAAUUUCACUUGACAUCUACCAAUUACGAGUCACAACUCAGAGCAAUGACCGAACAUUUGGCUAGUUUAAACGAGACGGUUGUGUUAGAGCGACGACAUAUAGACGAUCUUAACAGUCAAUUGAAAAUGAAAGCAGGUAAAAAGAAGUCUUCCAAGUGAACAUAACAUCAUCAGUAUUAAGUAUAUAUAACCAUUUAAUUUUAUAAAAAAAUAUAUAAUAAUUUAUUGAUAGUUUUCUAUGUUAUUUAAUUAAUUUCUUAUAAUAGUAUAUUGUAAUAGUGUUUUGUACAAAUGAUUAUUUUAAUCGUAUUUAUCAUAAUCUCGCCUAUCAAUGUUAACAUAUUGUGAUAUAUCAAUAAUUUAUAAUCUUUAAUAGUGCUGUACCCUAUUGAAUAAUUUUCAUAUUUAUUUAUUAUUGUCAACUAUAACUAUUAUAUUAUAUAAACUAUGUAAACAUAUUUAUAUUAAGUUUAAUGUGUAUUGAGUGUAUACAAAAUGUAUCGAAUAACCUAUGUACAAUAUUAUAUGUCAUAUAGUAUACCUUAUACCUAUGUAAUGUAUAAGUUUAACUAUUAUAGUUAAUAAUAUUUCCAUA